AAUUUAUAUCUAACUCUGGUUGUCUCUUUUGAAAUAAGUGCUUUGAAUCUGCUUUAAGCAGUGUAUCUUUAACAUAGUGUUAUGCCUUGUGCUUUCAUUUAAUUGUAACUUCCUAUACUGCUUCAAUAUUGUAAUAUAAUUAUAUACAUCCUGCUGUUUUCCAAAAUUGGAAUAGUCAACAAUACUAAAUAUUUAUAUUUAUACGGGUUAUAAUACCAGUGUUAGUGGACACAGUGUUAAAAUGACCAACAUUGAUGCAGCUCCGCAUCUGCAAUAUUUCUACCUGGUGAUGCAUGUAUAACGUGCGAACAACAGCUGAUAGAGCCCCACAACACUCGAGGAAUGACCGAUGCGUGCCAGAAACAAUUCUGACAGUCGCGUGGAUACAUCAGUGUUUAACUGGAUACAUUGUGGACAUAAACAAACGUAUGCAUGCACAAACAUUCGGAACUUGUACUUUUCGUAUGUGAUGUUCGAGAUACUUUAGUUUCGGCGAAAACGCUGCGGCCGAGUGAUUGGACUCCCUUAAAGUUGGUGUUCUGCAAACCCGCUUCAGAAGCGUGCAACUAUUGCUAAUGGUAUAAUUAAUUAGCUCGGUGUUUGAAUUUAUUAAACCAACCAAAGUAAAGUUCCGUUAAUGCUGCAGCUGCCCGUUCCGCCGGCGCGGAUCCCGGACAGGGAGCGAGUCUGUGUGAGAGUCUGAGAGUCGCGGCGCCAUGGAGCCGGGACAUAGCCGGAAGUUGACUCAGCAAGAGAUGGUUGUCAGGCUGAGUCAGCUGACGGAGGAUCGGAUAAGAGAAUACCGCGAAGCAUUUAACCUGUACGACAAAGACCGUGACGGCGUAAUUACGACGGGGAAGCUGGGCCGGGUGCUGCGGGCAAUGGGGCUCAACCCGACCGAGAUAGAGAUACAGGAAAUGAUUGAUGAAGUCGACUCAGAGGGUACGGGUACGCUUGACUUCGAAAGUUUCUUGAACAUCAUUGCGAGUCGGAAGUUUGACGACGAGGACCACGAGGACGCGCUGAAGGAGGCGUUCCGAAUGUUUGACAGAGACGGAAACGGCUUCAUCGACGCGGAGGAGCUGCGCAUCUGCAUGAUCAACCUCGGAGAAAAGCUGACGUUGGAAGAAGUGGAAGAGAUGAUCCGCGAGGUGGACAUUGACUUUGACGGCCAGAUGAACUACGAGGAAUUCGUGCGAUUGAUGUGUUCCAAGUACGCUCUGGAGUGAAAACCAGCACAAUACACUUGCUCAAUAAACUCACGUGCCUCGUGCACCAGACGUCAUACAUCGCCUGUGGCGCACAUGCGAUCUAACGUUCCAUACCGAUUGGUUGUGAACCGUCAUAUCAGUAUUAUAUAUGCAAACAUUGGAUUGAAAUAAAUUCAGUAUUCCAGAAUAUGCAUUGGCUACUCUGAUAAACAGACGGAAUAUUUACUUCAUACGCGACAUGUAUUGCAAAUAGAAAACGUUGUGUUAAUGCAAACUAUUGUUGCACGUUUGAUGAACAAUGGUUGUAAGUGUGAUCGUGUCGAUUGUAAUUUCACUAUGUGUUGUUCUGCUGUUGUUUUUUUUAAAAAGCACACACCUAAUCUUAACUAUUUUCUUUUUAGACGCGAAUUUUGUUAGUUUAUUUACACAAAUAAAAUAUCUAUCUACCGCAUUAAUUGAAAUCAACUCUACACACUUCAGCCUGUUUCGAUUACAUUUGAAAAACACAACAACAUAGUUUUUCACUGAAACAUUCGUUGUACAAUAUUUUGAAACACACCUUAUCGUGUUGUUUUAUGAAUCGUUAUAGAUUAUGCACGUGUAUAUAUAAAGUAAUUCAUAUUUGUUUAUUCUAAUUAAGUGUGCGGUUUACUCAUUUCAGUUCUUGUGUUAUUAUCUUUCGUUCUUAUAGUUAUUGAAGAGUAAAAUUACCAGUUCCUGUCUGGUUCCAGCCUUCCUUGCAUUUAAUCGCUGCAACUGUACCCUUUAUAAUAAAGCCGGUCAUAUUGA